AUGAACGGCCCCCCCGGACAAAGGGGCGUCGCGCCGGGCCCCCGAGGGUCGCGCGUGGGCGGCGGCAGCGGCGCGCGUGGCCCGGCCCUCCCCGCGGCCCGCCCCGAGGGGCCCGUGCGCGGCCGGGACGCUGGCGGGGGCGGCGUCUGUAAGGUCAAGGAAGGGAGGGGACCCAGUGACCUGCCCAGCCCCUCUUGGGGAGCUGGGAAGCGGCUGAGAGCGGCCAGCCCCCCAGCCUCAUGCCUCCCAUUGCCAGGUGUCGGUAAAUAUCCAGAAGGGGCUCUUUAUGUGCCCCACAGGCCCCUGACCUCCCCGGGGUGUGUCCCCGGGGCAGUGACACUUGGGUGUGACCACAAGGAUGAGGAAGAGUCAGUGGGGGAACUGCAGGGGCAGAGGCUGGGCUGGGAGACGGGGCCGUGUGUCCUGUCUGUGAGGAGCCCUCCAGGCCCACGGGACCUAAGCCCAGAGAAAUGGAAACCAAAGGAACUAAGGCCAGAGAGGGGUCGGGCCUUAACGGCCCCACGGGAUGGAGCCAGCGCCUGGCCGGAGGGCUGUGCACCAGGGGCAGCAGGUGGGGAAACCGAGGCACAGAGGGAUGCGCUCAUUUGGCCGAAGCCACAUGAAGGGUUCAGUGCCCGGGACUGCCCGAGGGAGGGUCCCAGGAUUGGAAGAGUCUCCAAACUGGCAGGCCUCGUGUACCCCUCCCACCUCCUUGCCCUCUUGAGGGGUGGGAAAGGUACAGAACCAAGAUCUAUAAAAAGAAAAAUCUUCAAAUCUGGCUCUAUAAAGACUACAUGCUUCUGAAUCAAACAGACACGCAGCUGAGGUUAGAUGAGGUGAGACAGCUGGGGAGAAAAACAUUUGUAACACUGUAACAGAGGGAUUCAUAGCCUUCCUAUACAAAGAGUUCCUACAAAUCAAUAAAAAAAAAAACCCACAAAACAAC